GUCUGACCCUGUCUGACCUGACGACGGAUCUGGACAAGCCCGUUGACACAGGCUGGUGAUGGCAUGUUGAUAUCCAAAUAAAGUAGUUGACUUGGCUCUUACCAUCGGCACCAAGCUCUUGUUGGUUUUCCGUGCUACCGUCCCCGGUAGCGUAGUGCCUGUGCGUCGGCUCCCCCAAUCCCGCAGAGCCGAUUUCCUCUGCUCUCUUCCUUUUGCUCUUUUUAUUCCCCAGUCUUUCUUCCACGGUCGCGCUGCGCGUGUUGUAUUGCUCGCUCCUGCCUCUUUCCACGCCUAAAACACAAGGCUUCUGCUCUGUCCGCAGCCUUCGAUGGCCAUGAUGUCUCCUCGUAAACGGGGCCCUCCUUCCUUCCUCCGCAUCGACACUCCGGUAGACUUGCCGCACAUCGCCCUUGCCACCGGGGAUAGCUCUGCCUCCGCCUUAUCCUCCGCAGCAUCAGAAGCCGACUAUCCCCCAUUCAACCGCCCCAACAAGCCGAGGUCGCUUCAGAACAUGAAAAAACUUUCUCUGAACUUGGGGUCCGGCCAUUCCUCCACCGCAUCGCUUCUUUCACUCGGGCCUGCCAGUGCCACCAGCGUAGCGAGUUCUUCCGUGCAGCAGGAGCCCAGUCAUUCGGCGAAGUCUCGUCGUCCGUCCAUCGUCUCAUUACCGGCCAGUGCCAACCCAAUGGGGAACAAGGGUUUUCGCAAAGUCGAGGACGGAUCGCCCACGCUGCCUUACGCCGAUGGACCUAUCCAGAUAUUCCCCGGCGUCUGGUUGGGUUCAGAGGAUAAUGCCAAGGAUUUUGUCGGGUUGCGGAAUCGCGGCAUCAAGUCAGUGCUAAACGUUGCCAAGGAGGUACUCACGUCCUUCGAUUCGCCUCAAUCCCAAGCACUGCGUGCAUUCGCAUCCACUCCAAAUCUGUCCAAGGUGCCCAAGGGCUCGGAUCCGACUUUCUUCCCGGCACAUCUGUCCAGCGGACGGCCGGCGAUGCACUAUCUGAAGCUGCAGUGGUCCCAUGGGCAGCAGGAUCUCGUUGAGCACGGGUUCCCCGAAGCGAUGUACUUUGUGGAUGCGGCUUUGGACCGAGGCGAGGGCGUAUUGAUCCAUUGUCAAUGUGGCAUUUCAAGAUCUGCCACUAUGGUGAUCGCUCUGGUCAUGCGAGCGGCAGCCGAACGCUCGCCCUCGGUACCCUCCGAGAUUUGGGCUUUGAAAGGAAUGCAAGGAGCGUAUACAUUCGUGAAAGAAAAAAGCAAAUGGGUGGGGCCGAACAUGUCCCUGAUCUAUCAAUUGUUGGAGUACGAGAAAGUGCUGAAAGGUGACAACGGAGAGUUGUCGGGAUCAGAGUCAACAAUGGCUGACGAGGACGAAGAAUGGGGACGGCAGCGUCGGCUUCUAGAUGAAAUCCCGACGGAUGACGAGAAUGACCAGGAAAGUGCUGCAGUCAUGCGUGAGGCUCAGGCUUUGGACAAGGCUAUGGAGGAUCGGGUGCUGGCUCGCAAAGCAUCGGCGUCCUCGGUUGCAUCUUCGGGAUCCGGUGUUGGGAUGGGUGCCGCUUGGCGCAAUCGAUAUGCCCGCAAGCGCGCUGGAUCCAUUGCCAGCAACAUGACGAAUGGCAGCAGCGUCUUCAGCGAGGAUUUGGUUGAAGAAGACGAAGAACAAGAGUUGCUUGGUAUUGGCGGUGGCUUCGACGAAGACAGGGUCUCGAGUGCCGAGCCUGAUUCGACGAGCUCACCCGAGGACGAUGCUCGAUCUCAUGAGACACCUCGCCGACCAGUUCGGCCCCCGCCCUCGGCACCGGUCUGGAAAACGUCGUUUACGUUGCCCAAGCCGCCGAUGACGGCCAUGCGGAGCUCGUUCGAUCUUCCGCCGGCUAAAACGAAGCGACGCCCAGCUCCUAUCGGAAUAUUACCGGCUGUUCCCUCGUCUCCGAUCCGAAUUGUGGUUGACGACGAGGACAACAAGGUCAAGCGAACUGCUCGCAGGACGACAGCGCCGACUUUGCUGGUUCUUCCGAGGACGAGGACUGAGUCGAAGAAGCCUGUUCCUCCGCCUCUGCAUCUGCGAAGCAACCUGCUGAAACCCAAACACCAGUCCAUCACACCGCUUGCGACACCCUCACAGACAUUGUUUGUGUUUCCGCCGUCGCCGACGCUGACGACUCGGACGCCCUCUGCAAUGACGCUAACGUCCACUAUGGGAGAUGGUGUGCCGUUCCCCAGCCAGUUGACGCCUCGGGUGUCAACGUUCCGGUCCGAUGGCCGAACGCGUUCCUUCAUCGGAUUGGCGCCCACACCAACCACGACGGCGUUCUCGAAGGUGGAUGUUCGUGGUUUUAUUGCCAAGGCACGUCAGAAGGAUCGAGAAUGGGAAACCCAGGGAAGCACUCUCCCCAACGCCAACAACAAGAGACCGCUUUCUGUCACACCUGCGACCUCGAACUCCCCGACUGCUGCAGGGCCGUCCAAGCCAAAGCCCCUCGCUCCCAACGUCCGCUUUGGAAAGUACUUUGAAUAUGAUCUUUCGAAGAUGGUCAACUCCAAAGGCGGUUUCCUGGUAGAGGAUGGUCAGGAGGUGGACGAAGAAUUGAUCAGGAAAGAGAAGGAACGGGAGCGACAGAGAAUACAGAAGAACAUGGAACCCCCUGUUUUCUUGGACCCUGAUCUGAAUCCAAAGUGCCGAGAAUGUGGGACCAUUUCUAUCGACCAUGCUUACCGCAAGACGUUCGGGUGUCUGGUGUGCAAGAAUUGUCAGAACGACAAUCCGGAAAAAUACAGUCUAUUGACGAAGACUGAGUGCAAGCAGGAUUAUCUGCUUACCGAUCCUGAACUCCGCGACGAGGAAGUUCUACCACAUAUGCUGAAAGCCAAUCCGCACAAGUCCACUUUUGCAAACAUGAUGCUCUACGUGCGAUACCAAGUCGAAGAAUUCGCCUGGAAGAAAUGGGGAUCGCCUGAAGCUCUGGACGCUGAAUAUGAGAAGCGGGUCGCUGAGAAGAGCAAGAAGAAGAAUCGCAAGUUCGAGGACAGCCUUCGGGACCUGCGAAGGAGGACGAAGGAAUCGUCGUGGCAGCGCAGGAAAGAUUCCGAGCACAAGCAUGUCUUUGGGCCAUCCAGGACAGAUAGAGGAGAGUCCGGCCAGCAAUGCUACUUUCUUCUCAGUGCCUCUGUGUCGACACCUAUCGUCUACCUUGUCGAGCGCAUCCGGGACGGACGUUCCUACGUGACGCGCAACGUCAAGGCCCUACAGAAUGGCCGCGUCGUCUUCAUGAUGAUUUGCUCAUUCCACAAACCGGAGCCCUGGCAGCCGAACGUCGAAUGGAGUAUGCCGAUCGUGCCCAAGCCGGACGCAUGUGAACUAGAGGAGCACCGGUUCUCGGCCUUGCUCAACCAGGAGAAUCUCCAUCCCAGAGUGGCCCAAAUCUACAGAGAAGUGAUCAGCGAACGUACCAGAAGUCCGAUCGCGAUCAAGAGUGCCGUCGAGGCCGAUGCAAGCAUCAAAGGAAUGUGCAUUCUCAGCUACCUCUCCGACCUCUAUCUGCUCCUCGUUGUUUCUCGGACAUCCGGACUGAAACGAUUUGGCACUGGUCCAGACUCGACCAGCAUGACAGCAAGUGGGAUUAGUCUUUUCGCUGUGUUCGCUACUGACAUUUCGUCAGUCAACCAUCUCUCAUUCAAUAUCCUUCUUCGAGUGGGUGCUCCUGGGUUCUUGUUCUUUUCCUUCGUUAACAACCGCAGCGAUUCAUUCCACUGCGGAGACUGGUUACUUUAUGUCAUGACCUGUCCUCGAGCUGCGUCAGGGCGAGGAGCUGUGUACGGCCAGGUUUACACCGAAUCUGGGACUCUUGUUGCGGUGACGACACAGGAAGGCGUCAUUCGUGCCGACAGACAAGGACCACAAGAAGCCAAGUUAUAGACAUACAUAGACCUUACUUACAAAUUGUAUUCUGCAUUAAUGGACGGAGCGUUGUAUCAGACAGCACGCGACCAGUUUUCC